AUGGGAGACUUUGAAACAGGCAAGAAGAUUUUCAUUCAGAAGUGUGCUCAGUGCCACACAGUGGAAAAAGGUGGAAAGCAUAAGACGGGCCCAAAUCUCUGGGGCUUCUUUGGCCGGAAAACAGGACAAGCACCAGGAUUUUCUUACACUGAUGCAAACAAAAACAAAGGUAUUAUCUGGGGAGAAGAGUCUUUGAUGGAAUAUUUGGAGAACCCAAAGAAGUUCAUCCCUGGAACUAAAAUGAUCUUUGCUGGUAUUAAAAAGAAGAGUGAGAGAGAAGAUCUUAUUCGGUAUUUGAAAGAGGCAACAUCAUGA